UCCAUUGCGUGAUUAGCAGACAGCCAUUGACAGUGAAAUAGCCUCCUUUGCCCAGGAAAUGUCUAAACACGCGUUUGUGUUGUCGCAAAAAAGCGCUUUGCAGCAGCUACCAAGUGAAACCGAGACCCUGUGUGGGAAGCAGUUUUACUCCCCAGCUGGUGUAAUCAAGCAAACCGAGAACACCCGCGCAAUUCCUGCUGUUCCAAAACACGACCCGGUCAUAGCAACGAGCUCCAUCAGUACGAGUUCCCAGUGAGGUGGCACACUUCAUCAGUUAGUUGAUGAUCGUUUUGGAGAUCUGAGACUCUGGCCAAAUAUGAGCACAGGACCAAAGACAGAAGCUGCCUUUAUCCAGGGAAACCAGAGCACAGUGGGACAUGAUGCAUCCCAUGGCACUCAGCACUCAGCGCUCUUUUACCUUUUCCAAGAAGUUUCCAAGCUAGCUUCUCCCAUCCACAAAAGUUUCCCUGACACAAAUUCACCCUCCACGUGGCUAAAUGACACUUACAGGCAAAGUUCUUUGAUAGUUAAUGAAGAGGAAGAGGAUUCACAUUCAUUUCAAAUCUCAAAUAGUUCCUACCAACACAGUUUGUCUCAUAUGGUGCCUCACAAUCAGAUGAAAAAAAUGAAGGAGGAAAGUCACAGCAAGGUCACAACUUUGGUUGAGUCUCAUUCCAAAUGCAACAGCCCCUGGAAAGUACUGAGCCUGAUCAACCUGCAGUGUGAGAAGCUCCUGCACCACAGUGAUGCAGAGAAGUCAGACCCAAGUUUAAUGUUAUCUGCUACAACAUUAGGCCAUUCAAUAGACAGAGCAUUGGCUGCAACAGCAAGUGUAACAAAUCAGAGAGUUAGAGGUGACUGCAUAAGUGCUGAUGCUUUUAUGCAGUCUGUCCUCAUCUGUGAGAAAAAAGAAAUCCCAGCCUCUGUCAGUGCUGUGGAAGAUGUGAGAGUCUGUAGUAGAGGAGCCAGUAGUUAUAAAGCGAAGUGCUGUGUGAAAAACUCUGUUCAGUUAAAGACUGCUGAAAAAACAGACACUGUCAGACCAGAACUGGAGGAGGAAAAUGCAACGGCAUCUUAUCAGCCUCCCCACAGAGAUAAAAGGGACGACAACUUCACUGAUAACAGACAAUUUAAGUGGAACCAGGAGCUUAAGAAGUGUUGUUUCUCUCGCGAACAGGAUAUUCUGAAUGUACCUUGCUCUCAAAAUGUUUCGUCACAGAAAACACACAUCAGUAAUGCAUCGCACGCUACCCAGCUGACUUUUAAUUCCAGUGUAGAUGCAAGCAUAUAUCUGACAACACCUGUAUUAGCAUUAGACCACAAUGCAAACCUUGCUUUGAGUACAGAGGCCAAGUGUGACACUGUGUCUUCUCCACAAUCAGCGUCACGCUCAUUUAGCUUUACAGAGAAGUGUCACUCACCCCCAAAACAAGAUCACAAAAUCACCACAUCUCAACUAGAAUGUGCACUUGCUGCCACAGUGGAAAAACUCCAUCCUGUCGCACAACUAAAAGGCUCCAGCUGUAAUGGAGAAACAAACCCCACACCUUCUGCUCCAUCAAAACCAGAACCAAGGCCAGUGAAAACAGAGGAAACAGUUCCUCUAUCUACCCAGCAGUGGAGAACCAAGACACCUAGAAAACAACCUCAUCCCAGCCGCAGUGCUGAUAUCCAAGACCCAGAAUUCCAAGGAGUUACGUUCAGGAUGGACACAGAGCUGGACGACAGUAGGGAGCAGUGUCGGCUCCUCAUAACUUCAAAGUACAGCAAGGAGCUCUGCAAGAUUGUAAGAAAACCGAGGCUGAGGACACGGGCAUCCCAGAAAUCCAUUAAAACUAGCAGCUCAGAUGAGGACAGCGACUCGACGACCAGUGUUUUCAAAGGUAAAGUGUGUGCAUCAUGCUGCACCAGGAAGACCCCCAUGUGGCGGGAUGCAGAGGACGGGACCCCACUCUGCAAUGCUUGUGGAAUAAGGUAUAAGAAGUACCGAGUGCGCUGUGUCAACUGCUGGCAUAUCCCCAGAAAAGAGGGUAACUCCAACUCAAGCUGCCUCAAGUGUGGAAACUUUGUGAGGCUGACCUCAGCUCAGCGAAAACAUACCACCUAGAGAACAUAGACAGAGCAAAGGUUUUUAUGUCCACAUGUAACAAAGCUCUUCACGCACACACUUGCACACGACAGUUCAACACGACACUCCCUGCUCCUGUAGUUCUGAGUCCUCUACACACCAGCUUUUUACAUCUUGCUUGACUCAGAGUAUUAAAUUUAGUUUUACUGCUGCAGUGUUGUUCCUCAGGCAGCAGCACAUCUUCCUUGAUGCUGUCGUAUGCCAGGGGAAAAAUAAAGUAUAAACAGUUUAAAAAACUUGUGAAACUCUUAAAAAAAAUACUUGGAAGACAAUGUCUCAAAAAUUGUACUUCAUUCUUCACUGCACUGAUCCCAUUUGUGCUACCUGUUAAGCAUUAUGUAGCAUGUAUCAACUUAUACAGUUGAUGGAUUUGUUUUCCUCCAUUAACACGAAACUAUACUGAUGAAGCACAGUCUGCAGCAGAGCUCAGUUGUGUAAAUUAAUGGUACAUUGAAGGGCUACUAUAGGAAUUAAACACAUUUAGUAGAAAGUUUAGUCACAACUGGUGACAUUUUUCAUUUAAAUAACCUCAGUGUUGCUCGUGUAUAACGGUCCAUGGUGUCAGAUGGCUGCAGUAGAUGGCAGCCUGAGCUCAGCGCUGUGUUCACUGUUAUUAACUGCAAAACAAUUUCCUUCUCUUGACCUUCACAGCGAGACUGUCUGCUACAUUUAGCGGAUAGACAUUCAGUCGCAAAAGUUACAUUUCGCUAUUUAAUUUGUUGUCUUUGUUUCUAAUUGUGGUUUGGUUUUGUUUUUUCUGGUUGUUUAUUUGGGAUGUUGCUGGUUUGAUUGGUGCACUGAUUUUCUUAGCAUUCCUGUUUUCUAUGAGAAUAAAAAAAUAGAUUUUUGUGUGUGCUUA